UCAGCCCACAUAUCAGACCAUGGGAAUAUGAUUGAGGGCAUUUUAUCACACUGAAAGGGGUCACUGUAGCACAAUAAAAAAUAGCUUAUUUUCCUUAUGAUCUUACAUUGUAGAUAUUUGAGUCUGGGGCUAUUCCACAAUGUGAGGUGAUGAUGAAGAGCGAAGAUUACCGCAUUAGACUGUUUGCCACCAAGCUUAUCUGGCAGCUUGCCUUUAACUGCACAAUACGGGAAGAACUGGAAUCAAACAGUACCCUGAUGGAGUUGCUGGACAGACUGUCUAAAGACACAAACAAAGAAGUCUGUAACUCAACCCAUGGAGCUCUCUGGGUUAUUCAGAAGCAGUCAAAGGAGAAGGCCAGGCCGCCCUCAGCAGCCGUAACAGGGCCACCUGGGCACAUCAUGAUCAGCUACCAGUGGAAUAGCCAGGGGACCAUGUUGAAGGUCAACAGAGCCCUUCAGGAUGCUGGCAUCAAGGUGUGGAUGGAUGUGGAGCAAAUGGCAGGCUCUACUCUACAGGCCAUGGCAGAGGCAGUGGAGAAGGCAUCAGUGGUGCUCAUCGGGGUCUCUGCCAAGUACAAAGACAGCCCAAACUGCAGGACUGAGCCUGCCCUGGUUACAUGGACGAAGGCAGAUGUCUCUGCAUGGCUGAAAGACAAUGCGCUACACUUCUGCCUGAACUCUUUUGCUGAGUAUGAUGGAUCACUGAUUUAUCAGCUGCAGAAGUUGCGCAAAGAGGCCCCAGAGUUCUUCUAUUCCAGCCUCAGGAAGGACCUGGCGUUCACGUCACUCCAUGAGAUCCUGCAGUUUCUGAAAGCCUUGGAGAAAAUAAACAGUCUUUAAUACAGUCCACAGAUCCACCUCCAACACUUUAACUCCACAAAUGGUUGUCUAAAGAGAUGUCUAAUAUACUGUUCUUGUCUGUAGAACAAAUAAUUGUAAGCUUUGCCAACCCAAGAAAUAAUUUUGUGUUAUCCAACAUGGACUUCUACAAAUACCAACAACUGUGGCAUUUUAUUGCAGCCCUCGAAAAUGAGAACAGGCUACAGACAGAAUUAACUGAAGUUGAGAAACAGCUCAUUACAUCAGACAUUUUAGGGUAUGAUCUCUGCAUUAUAUACUGUUUUAACAAGUAUUGUUGCUAAUUCUUACAGUUCAUUGAGGGAGACAUAGGAGCAGGACCUUGACUUUUCUUUUGCUGUGUAUGAAUGUAGCCCAUAUGUGCUAAAGUCUUUCCUUGGACUUUGAUAUAUUUAUUG